AUGAUUGACAGUGAUGCCUUUAUGAAAAGCUCACCUUUUCAAGUUAUUCAUGGUGCAGAUUCUGAUCUUAACUAUAACUUGAAGAAUACCACACCAGAUUUACUUAAGUUCCAAUUGCAAGAGCAAUACAGAAACAAGUUGUCAGACUUAAACGAAAAUCAUCAUGAUUUGCCAAAUUUGAACUUGUUAUAUACCCAGUUCCUUCAGGGAUCAUUUAAUAACCAUUUACAAACAAACAUAGAUCAAGAACACAUUUCGCUUGACGCUGACGUACCCAGCUUAUCGUCAACUCCAAUCCCGGAAGCUGAAGAUGAAGAAUAUACCCGUAUGGAUGAUAAUAAGGCUAACUAUAUAAAUUUACGUGUCUUGAUUGAAAAUUCAGUGUUCGACACUAGCAAAAUAAAUAAAGAUGCAAUACUUACAUUACCAAGGUUAAAGAAGUUGAAACAAGAAAUUGAGGAUAAGAAAGAAUUUAAACAAUACUUACUAUCGAGAUAUGGAAUAGCCCAACAAUUUUUUUCGGACAUAAUAGAUUCAGAUAAGCAGGAAAGCUUAAAAUUAGAUGCUCCGUUAUUAUUAAAGUUUUUAAAACUGAACAAUUAUUUACAAAAGCAACUUUUGCAAGUUAGUGGUGAUUUAGACAAUUUGAUAUUGCAACUAAACAAUCAUAACUUGACAUGUUUGGUAUUGGGUUACAUUGAAGACAUUAAAUUGACGUCUUUGUCUGUUACAGGGCCUCCUUUAUCUACUUCAUCUCCCUUUACAUCACCUAAAAGAAAUCCAAAAUCCUCUUCAUUACUUAUAGAACAACCACUGAAACUGAUUAGUAAGACAUUUGAUACCUUAUUUUCACAUAUUGCGUCUAUUGCAGUGCAGCGCAAUAUUCAAUUGCCACAACCAUCAACAAACACCGACCCAGAAACUAUACAAUCACGCAUUCAAUGGGCUCAAGAUUGCAUUGAUACGAUUCUUUCCGUUCGACAACCGGGCCUGCUGCGUAUACCAGCCAGUGAAAAAUCAAUGAACAUAUCAACCGACGAAAUAUCUUCUAGAAACGACUUUUCCGAAGAUCAUUCAUUUUUAAAUGAAUCUUCUAUUACAUCUGCUUCACCACAGAAAGCUCAAAAUAGUGGAAAACUUCUUGCUGAAUAUAAAACCGCGUUAAAUGACUUGAGAUUUUCCCAUCAGUAUUUAGCGAAAGAAUACGAACAUUCGAGGGAAAGCUCACUCAAAGCGAUUCAAGAAUAUCGUAAGAAAAACUCUAUUUUAGAAAAGGAAUUAAAUAAAUUGAAGAGCGCAGAUACGUCCAAUCAACCCAGUAUCAUACAUGAUGGUUCUAAUAGUAUUGAUGCUAAGGACAGAGAAAUAUCGAAACUUCGUAAGGAGCUUAGCUUGCUAAAGGUUGAUAAAUUGGGAAUAAAGAAUAGUGCUGCUAAGCUUGCUUCUCCUACUGGUUCUAAUAGUGCAUUAUCGGCAUUGUCGCCAAUAACGAGUAGUUUUCCAACGACUUAUACCGACACUGAUGGCAAUGAAGAUGAACCUGUAAUACCUAGUAGACCCACAUCAAUAAGUUCCAACUCAACCAGUAAUGGUAUUUUGAGGACAGAAUUUAAGAAGAUAGUAGAAGAUAUCCAUGAACAAUAUGAAUUGCAAUUAACCGAAGAGAGAUACAAAAGAAAGCAAUUGCAAGACAAAAUCCAAGCAUAUAAUUCUAUACAGAAAUAG